UACGUCGUCCUUGUCGAGGAUGAUCGGCUCGUCGUCGUCUGGCCCGUGCCUCCUCGCACUGCUGCUCGUCUUUUCGACAGCUAACGCGCAAUCUGGUGGCAACAAGUACAUCAACAACAACGAGGCCAGCAAAGUCAAGCUCGAGGAAUUCAAAUGUCCAGAGGGACAGGGCAACGGCAAUUUCGCCGAUCCAGCCACAUGCAGGCGAUUUUAUCAGUGCGUCGACAAUUACCCGUACUUGAACCGCUGCCCAUCGGGACUGUACUUCGACGACAUCAGCAAGUUUUGCACCUUUAAAAACGAAGCCCGAUGCGGACCAAUCCCAACGACUCCGGCACCGAUAACCGAGGAGCCAACCGAUCUUGCCGAACGAUGCGAUACGUCCGAGUGUCAGCUGCCCUACUGCUUCUGCUCCAGGGAUGGUACCAUCAUCCCGGGCGGUCUCAAGCCUUCCGAGACCCCACAGAUGAUCAUUUUGACCUUCGAUGGAGCCAUCAAUCACAACAACUUCGAUCAUUACCAAAAAAUCUUCAAUUCGGGUCGUCUGAACCCUAACAGUUGUCCCAUCAAGGGUACCUUCUUCAUCUCUCACGAGUACUGUAAUUACAACAUGGUUCAAAGUUUAGCGCACGACGGCCAUGAAAUCGCCGUGGAAACCGUUUCUCUCCAGAAAGGACUCGAGGACAAGGACUACGACGAGUGGGUGAACGAGAUGAUCGGUAUGCGGGAAAUACUCAGACGCUUUAGUAACGUUUCCAAGCAAGAGGUCAUAGGCAUGCGAGCUCCGUAUCUCAAGCCAGGCCGCAACACCCAGUACAGGGUGAUCGAGGACUACGGUUUCAUCUACGACAGCAGUAUCGGAGUCUCACCGGUUAAAACCCCCAUUUGGCCCUACACUCUGGACUACAAGAUCCCGCACGAGUGCAAGGCCGGCACCUGCCCGACAAAAUCCUUCCCCGGCGUCUGGGAGUUGCCACUCAACACUCAUUACGUGGAAACUUACGAUGGUGGCCAUUGUCCCUACCUUGAUCAAUGUGUGCUCCACAGUCACGACGCCGAUGAUGUGUUCCAGUGGCUUCAGGAGGACUUCAACCGUUAUUAUGAACAGAACAGAGCACCCUAUAUGAUGCCCUUCCACACCAAUUGGUUCCAGAUCAAGGAGCUGGAAAAUGGACUUGCUAAAUUCCUUGAUUGGGCAAACUCUCUGCCUGAUGUUUACUUUGUAACUGCUUACCAAGCUCUGCACUGGAUGACAGAACCAAAGCCUCUUAGUCAACUUAGUCAUUUUGAAGGCUGGGAUUGCAAGAAUAAAAAAGAAAAUUUACCUGAACCUCCUUGCAACAAUGCUAACAAGUGUGCACUUGACUUUAAACCAGCUGAUUCUAAUUUCACAACAACUAGGUAUAUGGAAACUUGCACCGAAUGUCCUAACAGGUACCCUUGGUUGACCGAUGCCAAAGGUACUGGAUAUACAGUAGAUGAUUAUAGUCUUGAAAAAGAGCAGCAGCAGUAAUUUUUUCAUUGUAUAAUUCUCUGUUAAAUACUCGCACGACAAACUAAGUGAUUCCAAGAAUCAAACAGAUCAAGUAUUCCUACUUGUAAUAAAAAAUAUUUAAGACCAAGGAAACAAAAGACUUAUGAAAUACAUAGACUCAUACAGUUUUUAGCUUUACUAUUUCAUUAUUUCCAUGAAAUAUUGUUGAAUUUCAUCUGAGAACUUACUAUAAUUGAAUAUGUUGUUACGUAAAAUUACAUGUGAAUCUUAAUUCAUUGCCAGAUUAUGUGUAAUGUUUUUCUAAUGUUGUUAAACAUAUAAUGCUUAUAAUUUAAUAAUGACAAAAGAGAUAAAUCUUAAAAAUUGAAAUUAAAUUUUGUAA